CAUCGGGAUAUGGAGUAUUCAAUGAAAAUAUCCUAUUUGGAAAUAUACAACGAGUAUGGAUACGAUUUAUUGGAUGCUCGUCAGGAAUCAACCACGAAACUGGAGGAAAUGCCUCGCGUCAGCCUGUUUGAGGACACUGAAGCUGGGACUGUGCAUCUGAAAAACCUUUCCAUCCACCCGGCAAUCAGUGUGGAUGAGGCGCUGAACUUACUGUUCAUGGGUGAUACCAAUCGCAUGAUCGCUGAGACUCCGAUGAAUGAAGCGUCAACACGGUCUCAUUGUAUCUUCACUAUUCAUAUUAUGGCUCGUCCACAUGACUCAUCAAAGGUCCGACGUUCGAAGUUACAUUUGGUUGAUUUGGCCGGAUCUGAGAGAGUUUACAAAUCGGGGAUUGACGGAUCCAUUUUGACUGAGGCCAAAUAUAUCAAUUUGUCAUUGCAUUAUCUUGAACAAGUAAGUAUCGGACUAUUUUACGAAGCAUGA